AUCACUAGCGACUAACCGUGUUUCGUAUCCAGACGUGGAGUAUUGCUGGCCAGUGCGCAAUAUCAAGAGCAAUCUCAAAACCGUCCGAGGAUUCGAAUCUAGGCUUGAUUGCCAAUGGGCUGGCUCCUCGAUCAGCACAAAGAGGCAGGGCCAUCCCAAGCAACGGGCGCCGUAGCCAUCCAUGGCCGGGGCGAUUCUCAUUCAACGUCCGGCAGCUGUCGCGUCAUCCGGGUACUCCAAUACGUAUGCAUUCCAAUAUCGCUCGCUGUCGGCUCGUCUCUCCGUAUGGGAAGAUUGGUUCGGGAGUACACGAACGAAUCGAGGCCAAGACAACCUGGCCAAAAAGUGGUUCAAACACCGAACCGUUGCGGCCUUGCCCCAAUCGGCCACUUUCAUGACCGAUCACAGCUUCACGGGUCGUCAAGCCUCUUCCUUCGAAGCGGGGAAAUGCGACCCCCAUGAGUCCACGGAAGUAUCGAGGGAGAGGAGGCAUUCGGCCCCGAGACAAUCAGACGGCUGCUAUCUUCCGGCUGAAUCAAGUUCACCAUCAUCACCCCCGAGCGAGGUCGACAUGAUGGACAAGCAUACCACGGGGUGCCCUGGUCAUUCAAUAUACGCUUGUCUAUACGACGAAGCUGUCUAGUCUUUGACUUGGACCCUACAGACUGACAACUUUGACCGCACGGAUAAGAUGGGACUUACUAUGCUUCUGGUCAUGCUUGCCGUACCUACUUGUCGUCAACGUUCCGCCGUUACCCAUCAACUAAUGGGUGCUUCAGAAGACGACCCCGAUUGCAAUCCUUCCGAUCUGAACGCCCGCUCAUCAGGGGUCACAGCUCCAUGGCUUCCCCUUAACGUAGGUAUGCCUCCAAGUCAAAGCAGCCGGUAGACGAGAUAG